GGCGCCCGUGUCGGGUUGUAGGUGUCGCUGUUAUCGGGUCCUGAGUGAGGUGCGAGUGGCGGGGGUCCCGCAACCCAGUUAUCCGUUUGACUUGUUAACCUUUUUUCCUAUCCUUUUUCAAACCUUGCCACCAGUGAUAAGUUAGGUGCACUAUUAUACUCGCGGUAUUGAGUGACGGAGAUUCGAUUGUCCGAUCGGAGUGGUUUGUUACUAUAAAACUUGCAUCUCUUAUCGUCGAGGAGCGCGUUUCGGUAAUAUUUGGUUCGGAGGCGGUAUUUCAUGUGUGAUUAUAUUUCUUAUAUAAAAAAUAUGGCUUGAUUAUGGUUAAAGUUUAGUUGACACGUCGAUGUAAGAGAUGCGACGCGAGUUUUUGAGUGACACGCUGGCAGGUCACGUGACCUGGCCGAGCUGUGGCGCAGUUUCCGAGCUGCGUGUGCGCUCUUUUCCCGCCCGACCUUCAUGAGGGGUGGAUGCGUGUGUCCCAGCGCGACGCUGAUGAGUGCUCGGCUCGCUCCGGUUGGCCCGGGGACGUGUAGGCCAGUCGAACUGUGCGCUUUCCCCCGUGGCUGGAGCCGAGAGCGGUCUCGCGGCCGGGGCGUUUGAGUGGCCGGCCUCUGACGGCCCAGAGUGCGGCGGUGCCGCUGUUGGCGAGUUGCACAGCGGAGACGAGGAACAGCCGGUAGGAGCUAGUAUUUAUUAUGUUCUGCCAUUGUCGAUAUGUUGAGUUUAAGAACGCUGUAACGUAAUAUGUACAGUUUAUCAAAAGGUCGACUGUUUCGGACGGAAUUCAGUGUGGACUGUGGUUACUGAUGGGAGAUUUGGUACUGACCUGUGUACCCCUGUGUGUGCGUGCGCCUCCCACAGUAACAAGGGCAAUAAAGGUCCUUCGUCAACGGCUCGUCUUUCGGCGCUCCGCGCUAUUCAGCCACGUGGUGGCUGCUACAGUGGCGGCUGUGCCAUCUACAGUUACGGCUGGAGUCUGCUGGGCCGUCUGCUGCGGCUGAGGUCUGGACUGCAACUGCGUGCUGAGGUCGACCACUGCUGCCUCCUGGACUGCCACCAGCGGAUGGUGCGCUUCACCGUCGUGGAGCUGCUGGAUCCAAGAUCGGGCUCCUCCUGGUGGAGUGAAGCGGGGUGGUCCGAGCUGCAGUGGGUGAGGUGCUGUGCCUGAGCAGUAGCCAGUGGGCGCUGCAGAGUGCAGGUUGCGGUUGGUGGGCCGUGGUGGUGCUGCGUCUGCAGCUUGUGGCCACAGUGAGGUGAUGUGCGUCAGUGGUGGCCAGUGAGGUUUGGCACGCGAGUCACGGUUGGUUGGUGACUGGUGAGGCUCUGCGUGAGCUGGCGGAGCCGGGGGCCGCGCUGUGCUGCUCUCGAGUGCUGUGUCCGACGACUGGCUGGUCGACUGCUGCAGCCUGUGUGGUUGCCCGACCUGUCCGGCGGCCGAGUCGUCUCCGGUGAUUGUGCUCUGCUGCCGUGGGGCUGCUCCUUCUGGCUGGCUGGUCAACUGCUGCGGCCUGUGUGGCUGCCCGACCUGCCCGCCCGGCAUCCAAGUCGUCUCUGGCGACUGCGCCCUGCAGUCCUGGAGCUGCUGCAUCUGGCGGCCGACUGGUGGGCUGCUGAGGAGCGACUCAACGUGGAGCGGUUUCGGUGAGCUGUGGUCCAAGGGAGCUGAACUUGUUGACCUUGAGGUUGGGGAUAGGUUGUGUAGUGGUGCCCAGCUGGUCCCAGCCCCUGUGACUUGAUAGUUAGUAGUGAGUUUCAGUGCUGAAGUGUUUUUAGGCUGUGUCGUACUGUGUUUUUAAUAUUAGUUAAGGUGUUUAGUUUGUAAGUUGGAUCUGGUGGUCCUUGAUCCCCUCUCGUCUGCUUCGGUAUCCUGUGAUCCUGCACAUGAUGGCGCCGCCCAGUAAGGAGGAUCUUGGUAGACUUAAGUUGACUGAGCUCCAGCGCGAGCUCGAGGCUAAAGGCCCACAGGUAAGAAGUCUGAGAUGGUAGAUAGGCUGUGGGCAGCUAUGCAGGACCCGACAGAGUCUCCACGUGUUGAGAACAAGGUGGACAUUAGGGAACCCCCAGGUGAGAGUCAGCCUAUCUCUAAACCGAGUGCAGAGAUGCUGAUGGUGAAACUUAAACUGAUGAGGGAACGACAGGCUGUAGAGGAGAGUAGGCUGAAGGUUAAGGCUCAGGCAGAGCAGGAUGAGCUGAGGCUGCGGACUAGGGCAGAGCAGUUGGAUGUUGAGAUUCAGCUGGCCGAGCUGGGCCAGGUGGAUGAGUCAGCACUGGAGCCUCUUCGGGUGACAGUGAGUGAGGCUUCGGUGACUCCAGUUGGGGCUGAUGCCCUUUCAGCGCAGGUGAGGCGUUCACUGCUCCCUCCUGCCGAGCUCCGUCCGUUCUCGGGAGCGGUUGAGGAGUUUAGGCUCUUCAUCAGAGCGUUCCAGUCCAGGAUUGCUAGCCGAACGGACGACCAGGGGGAACUGCUGUAUUACCUCGAGCAGUAUACCCGCGGGAAAGCUAAUCAGCUAGUCAGGAGUUGCCUCCACUUGGGUGAUGAGGGCUACAGCCAGGCUGUGAAACUUCUCGAGUCUCGAUAUGGAAAUUCCCUCAGACUGAUCGAUUCGUACGUGGAGCGGAUCGAACAGUGGUCGCGCCUGCAGUCUGGGGAUGUUGAGGGGCUUGACAGAUAUGCUCUGUUCCUAACUGAGGUAAAAAAUGCGAUGUCUGGCGCCACCAUGGGCGAGUUCGAGCACCCGUCUACCCUCCGCUUGAUCGCGUCUAAGCUUCCAGUGUAUCUGCAGGACCGGUGGCUCCGAGAGGCCGACAGAUUGUCUGAGAGUGGUAAAAGGAUUACUUUCUCAGACAUGGUUAGCUUCGUCGCAGCAGAGGUGCGAGUGAGGAGUCCUCUUUUCGGUCCGAGGCCUGUCAUACCCGGACGCGGUGGUGAGGCUGGAGCGCGGCAUAAGGUGAGCACAGCGAAGGUGAGCGAGCCCGGGGUGCAGAAGUGUGUUUUCUGCGGGGCGGCGCACCGUCUGAAGGGCUGUAAGGAUCUGCUUCGUAGACCUUGGGAGGAGAGACGACGGGUGUUGAUGAGAAAUCAGCUGUGUUUUGGCUGCCUGAGGAGGGGACACAGGGCUCGGUCUUGUAGAAAGCCGCUCCGGUGUGGUGUCUGCAAUGGGCCCCAUCCCUUGGCGAUGCACAGGGAGCCGAGUUCAGUCUCUGCCCCCAUCGAGCAGCAGCGUGCGGCUCAGCCGCCCGUCAGGGGGUCUGAUUCUUUGCGCGCGGGACCCUUGACCGGUGGGAUGGUAGCGGCUGGUGACCCACCUGGGGCGCAGAUGAGUGGUGGUGUUUUAAGUGCGAGCUUGGGUAUCCGCGGCGCGGGCCGGACGGCGCUGCCAGUGGUUGCUGUGCGCCUCCGGGGUCCCACGGGGCUGGAGGUGGUGGUAAAUGGGUUCUUGGACUCUGGCUCGUCAGGUAGUUUCUUGACUGAGUCGCUGGCGCGGCGUUUGAAGGUGAGAAGGGAUGACACUUCCAUCUCCAUCGAGACGGUUGGGAACGAGCGGAGGGUGAUGCAGACCUCGCUGGCCUCUGGGUUGGAGGUCUGCGGUCUGGACGGAGCAGAGUUCCUUCCCCUGCCGCCGCUCCUGACUAUCGACAGGAUCCCUGUGACACAGUCCGAUCGGUGCCGGGUGAGUGAGCUCAGAGCCGCUGCCCACCUGCAGGGUGUGGAGCUCCAUGAGGUGGAUGCCCCAGUGGAGUUGCUGCUCGGCUCCAACUGCGCUACUCUGAUUGUUCCCAGAGAGGUGAGGUCUCCGCCUUCCGGUGAGGAGGGCCUCUGUGGUGUGAGGACGUGUCUUGGCUGGUAUGUAAUUGGUUGUGGUGGUUCCCCGGCGACAGGAGGUAGGAUGUCUGUCAACCUGCUGCGGGUUCACGACAGCUGUGUCCCUGACCGUGACUCAGAGUGCGUCUUUAAGGUCAUGUAUGAACAUGAGUUUAAGGAUCUUUCCGACGACCAGGAGUGCCUUUCCGUGGAGGACAGGGAGUGGCUGUCUGACUUGCUCCCACAGGUCAAGAGAGACGAGGAGGGGCACUUCGUGAUUCCACUUCCUAAGAAGGAUUUCGACCAGUUGCCGGACAGCUUUCCGAUGGCGUCCAGGAGAUUGGAUUCUCUUCGGAGGCGCUUCAGGUCUGAUCCGGACUAUUUUGACGCGUACCGACGAGUCAUUUCGUCACUGGUUGAUGACGGCUACGCAGCUCCAGUGCCAGACGGUGAGGUUGGAGGAGGGCCGGUCUGGUACCUCCCUCGCCACGGCGUGCAGGAGCCCGCGAAGGGAAAACUGCGCGUGGUUUUUGACUGCGCGGCCCGGAGCCAUGGCGUGUGUUUAAAUGACUUACUGAGAGGGGGUCCGAACCUGACAAAUCCGCUUCUCGGGGUGCUCUGUCGCUUCCGGGAGGGGCGUGUCGCGUUCACAUGUGACGUCCAGUCUAUGUAUCAUCGAGUGCGUGUGCCGGAAGCAGAUGCUGAUCUGCUGAGAUUCCUGUGGUUCCAUGAUGACGACCCAGAGGGUGACGUGCAGGUGCUGAGGAUGAGGUCGCACGUCUUCGGAGCGGUGUCAAGUGGCAGUGUGGCCAGCUUCGCGCUGAGCCGCUGCGCAGAGGAGGGUCGCGAGCAGUUUCCUGAGGCCGCUGAUGCUCUACUCCGUAAGACGUAUGUAGAUGACGCUCUAUGUGCUGCUGACUCCGUGGAGGAGGCUGUGAAGCUGGCACGUGACCUGAAAGAUCUCUGCAGGACCGGUGCAUUCAACAUGACUAAGUUCACCAGCAACCGGUCAGAGUUUCUGAAACAGAUUCCGUUUGAAGACAGAGGUAAGCAGGUUAAGGCAGUGGAUUUAGAUAAGGACGCUCUGGGCUCUGAGCGUGCGCUUGGACUGAAGUGGUCUGUUGAGAAGGACUCUUUUGUUUUCCAGUUCAACGACCGGCACAAGCCGGUGACGAGGCGCGGCAUACUGUCCACCGUAAGUUCGGUGUUUGACCCUCUCGGUAUCGUGUCGCCAGUGACCCUGCUCGGUCGAGUGCUGCUGCAGAGGCUGUGUGCGGUUUCCUGUGGGUGGGACGAGCCUCUGUCUGAUGCCUUGACGGGGGAGUGGGAGGAGUGGCUGGCUGGUGCCAGGGAGCUGGACAGUGUUCAGCUGGAGAGGUGUAUCGUGGGCCCGCCUGGAGAGGUGUUGAGCACUCAGCUACAUGUCUUCGCUGACGCUAGCGAGACCGCGUACUCUGCAGUGGCAUACCUGAGAAGGGAAGUUCGUACCCCGGACGGGGAGGUCCGGUGUUUUGUGACGUUUCUCUUGGGUAAGUCGCUUGUGAAUCCCGUGCGGUUCGUGUCUGUGCCGCGGCUCGAGCUAGCCGCCGCAGUGCUGGCCGUGAGGGUGAGACGGGUGCUUGAGAGAGAGCUAGACACCCAAUUCGACUCCUUCCACAUGUGGACUGACAGUAUGGUAGUACUGGCCUACGUCAGGAACCGGACGACGAGAUUUAAGACUUUUGUGGCAAACCGGUUGGCGUACAUCCAUGACGGCUCCAAAGUGAGUGACUGGGCGUAUGUGCCUUCGACAGUGAACCCGGCUGAUGUUGGAUCUCGUGGCUGUCAGCCGGCGGGACUGAAGCCGUGGCUGGGAGGGCCAGAGUUUCUUCUCGGGAGCGCCGGCGGAUGGCCGGAGGAACCGGCAGUAUCUGUGUCGGUUCCCGUUUCCGAGGUAAAGUCUUCGCCUGUAGCCCUGGUGUCGCUUGCCGCCGGUCCCGAGAGCCCUUUCGAUCUACUGAUCAGGAGUUUCUCGUCCUUUUUUCGACUCAAGCGAGCGGUGGCGUGGUAUCAUCGCUUCCUCUGUGUCCUGCGUGACGGCUCUUUCCGCAGAUGGUGUCUGGCGAGAAGGAGAGGCCUGAGGCGGCGCGGACACGGUGAAAAGACUAACCUGACCGUGUCAGAUCUGUGCCGGGCAGAGCGUGUUGUUUUGCGGCACGCCCAGAGGGACCUGGCUGAUUUUCCGAGAGAGGGAUGUGACGAUGGCCCAGUCGGAGUGCCUAUGAGCAGUCCUCUGACGAAGCUGCGUCCGCAGAUGCUGAACGGCCUGCUGGUCGUGGGAGGCCGACUCGGUCGGUCGGAGAGUGUUUCCGAGAGCGCGAAGCACCCAGUGAUUCUGCCCCGUAAGAAUCACGUGACCCAGCUGUUGAUCCGAGAGGCUCAUGAGAGGGUGGGCCAUGAGGGCCGCGAUCAUACUUUUUGGGAGGUCCGGAAACGUUUCUGGGUGAUAGGCGCUGGUCCUGAGAUUCGGGGACUCAUUCGCAGAUGUGUAACGUGCAGGAAGGUGAACGCGCGGCCUCAGAAGCAGCUCAUGGCAGACUUGCCAAAGGAGCGCGUGUCAGCCGAUACACCGGCAUUCUCGUCAGUGCUGCUUGAUGUGUUUGGGCCGAUCUUGGUUAAGACCGGGCGGACCGAGCGGAAACGCUACGGUCUGAUGUGUGUCUGUGUCGUGACACGAGGCGUCCAUGUUGAGAUUCUGGAUUCGUUGCGCACAGACUCGCUGAUAAACGCCAUUCGUAGGAUCAGCGCUCGCCGGGGUCAGAUCGUUCAGAUCAGGAGUGAUAUGGGGACGAAUCUGACCGGGGCCGACAGAGAGCUCCGCGAGGCGCUGAGCGAACUCAGUCACGGUGAUUUGCAGCGUGCCGCGCUGAAACAGGGCAUUGACUGGCAAUUCAAUCCCCCCACAGCUUCUCACUUCGCAGGUGGCGUUGAGAGGCAGAUCAGAACAUUCAGGAAGGUAUGGCGGUCCAUGCCUACUCAGCAGCGUCUGGAUGACGAAUCGAUUCGCACGCUGUUUUGCGAGAUCGAGUCUGUUAUGAACAGCCGGCCACUGACUUACGUAUCGACUAGCUCCGGUCAGCUGGAGCCUCUGACCCCGGGGCAUCUCCUAUUUCUGAGGAGCAGUGCCGGACCGAUACCCGGAGAGUUUUCAGAGUCCGAUUCGCUAUCGAGACGUCGAUGGCGACACGUGCAGUAUUUAGCCCAGCAGUUUUGGUAUCGCUGGAGACGUGAAUACCUGCUUUCUCUCCAGGCGCGCCAGAAAUGGACGCGGGAGUCGAGAAAUGUGCAGCCGGGAGAUGUCGUUCUCCUAGCUGAUCAGAACGUGCCACGAGGGCUGUGGCGGAUGGGCAGGGUUGUUAAGGCUUUCCCGAGUCAGGAUGGACUCGUGAGAAAGGCUCUAGUUCGGACAGGUGAGUCCACGUACAUGAGGCCGAUCCACAAGAUGGUAGUGAUUAGUUCUGAAUCUGACCUGGAUUAGUACUGUGCGGGGUCAGAUGUGUGCGAGAGUCUGAGAGCCUCUAGUUUAAGACUUAGUGUAAGGUGUCAACGUAAAUAGAUUCUUUACGAGCUAGAACCUGUUUGCGACAGACUAGUCUGUUUGUUUUUGCCAGCAGGUUUGUUUGUUUUUUGUUUUUUUGCCAGCGGGUAGGUUUUGAGGUGCCAGACUGUUACGUGUGAUUAGAUUUAAGUGUCCAUGUAAACUCGGCUAGCUGCCCUGGCAGUCGAGGGUUGGUUCUCACCAGCAGGUAGACGGUGAGUGGGUUCACCCGGGCGCCCUUGUAUUGAUUCGAAUGACAAGAUAUGGCCAUUCGAAUGGGGGAGUGUAGACGGCGCCCGUGUCGGGUUGUAGGUGUCGCUGUUAUCGGGUCCUGAGUGAUGUUGUGAUGCGUGCUACUGAGCCGGCACGAGCUAUGCCGGCGCAGUCAGCUGACAGCUGUUGCCAGCCGCCGCGGCGCCGGCCGGCGCCUGAUGGUAGGCUGUGCCGCCCGGCAGCUUCCGGCGUCCUUGAGUAAAGAGCAUUGUUGUGCAGUCGUCAGCCGGACUCAAUACAGUUAACAUCGGGA